AUGUCCGAGAAUAUUGUUAUAGAUUUGAGUGACCCCGUCCUUAAUUUUCAUACGUCAACCAAGGCUCCUCAGGUCAUAGAACUCGAUGAUUCAAGUGAUGAACCGCCCUCUGAUGGGUAUGAUGAUCUCGAUAAAAUUUUCAACUUUGACAGUGUAAAAAACGUGAAGCAAGUUAGCACACAUAGCCAUCAGGAUUCUUCCAUCUUAAGCAGAAAGGGCAUUGGCUCUGAGUUUCCAUCAUCCCCAGUAGCAUCUUCUGAACCAUUGAAAAUUACGGUUCAUAAAAAAUCCAACGUUUGCCUUAGUUCGCAAGAUGACCAUACCAGAAUUAAUCGUCAGAUGAAUGCGAUUGAUAAUAUAGACAAUCUGGAUUUAAAGAGUGACAAUGAUAAUGAUGAUGAUGAUGAUCUUUUAAUAGUCGGUGAAAAUGAGAUUAAAAAGGAUAAUCCGAUUUCGGAUACAGAAAGUUCUGACAUUUCUGAAAUCAGCCUGUCUGUUGCCACCUCAUCACUAAAUAUAAGUCAUAACCAACAAUAUGGCUCGAAAAAGCGAGAUUCUUUGAAUAUGAAUAGUUGUGAUAUUAGUUCGAUCUCAAAUAUUACAAGUAGUGAUGAUAUUGUCAUUGAAGGUCUUAUAGAUCGACCUACAAAAGGUGAAAUCAAAUCAAACUCACCUUUACGAUUUAAUCACUCUUCUACGGCCGAGCUGAACCGUGAUUACGACUCUACAAAAAUUAGUUCACAAUCAGUCGUUGAAAAUGGAAAGCAAUCAUAUAAUGAUGCUGAACUUCAGAACAUGCUAAACAUCGCUCGACAAAACAAUCCUAAAUUGUUGAAACAGGUAAAUAAAAUCAAAAAGACAAAAGAGGAUCUUACUGCUGAAAUGAUAGCGUCGUUUGACGCAAGCUUAUUGUCCUCGUUAAAAUGUGUGAAUCCGAAUUUUUCGAAGUUUCUCGAACCCGUUGGUAUUACGACGCAUUUAGAUCCCGAUACUUAUCCAACCAUUAAGUUUCAGCGGAAGGUCAGUGCUGUCUACUUUUCUUCUGCCGGAGUUUUUGUUCCAGUGAAACCUCAUAUAGAGUAUGAAGGAACAUUGGCGCUAUUUUAUGAUGCAAAAGAGCUACCAAGCUUGCUCGAGCACAAUUCUUUGGACAAAACGCUAAGUUAUGUGUCAAAGAAGUAUAGGACGUCCAAAAUUGUUAUUUUCUUAAAUGGUUACUCGUCCUACGUUCAAUCCAUAACUUCUAAAUUGAAUCGUCAAUAUGUGGACAAGGUGCGCAGAGAAAUUUUAUUGCAGUCUCAAUCAGAGCAGAACAUGGAUGAUAAUGCAAAUAUGAAGCCUUCUCAGCCCGAAAAAAAGAAAAGGAAAAAAAGUCGCCAGGCUAAGGCUGCUGAGCAGAUUAACACACUUCAAUUUACAGCAGAGCAAAUUAAAGCCCAACUUCUUCAUUAUGAGUUUAAUUACAAUGUACAUAUGUUUCCUAUCAAAGGGCUUAAAGAUUUGGUUACUUGGAUUAAAAGCUUUGGAUACACACUUUCUAGUCGUCAUAUUGACAACAGUGAACGAAACAUCGAAUUUGCAAAUAUUGGAACUGUGAAGUCGGGCAAGGAUGCUGCAUCAUCGUUCCUUGAAAUGAUUCAGCAGUUUAAAUUUAUCACUCCUGCUACAGCCAAGCGCUUCAUAAAAGAAUCCAAAAUUGAUACAAUCAAAAAGUUGUACAGGGCUGUAAAUAUCGACGAACCUAUUAUUGGAAACUCUGGACGACCCUUGCUUCGAAAAAAUGCGUAUGACCCCAUUAGAAAGGUUUUACGUUCUGACAAUGAGCACGACAUAGUAUAG